AUGGCAGGCGACAAGAGCUGCCGCCACGUCGGCCAAGCCGUACGUCUAAUGGACUUUCGUCGUGAAUUAAGAAAACGUGUACAACUUGUUUGUGAGCACUGUACAAUUGCUCCAGUGACGAUCAAUACAUUCGAUAUUACUACACAAAGUUGGGAAAAGUAUGCAACAAAUACGGAUUUAAUUGUAUGUGUAAGCUGCGCUUUUGUCGGCUGCUUUAGUCAUGGACAUUUUGGUCUCCAUUUGCAGUCGCAUUCGAAACACUUUGUGGGAUUAAAACUAGCAUCCAAGACAUUUUGGUGUGAACCUUGUAGUAUCGAUAUUCCUACAUGUAUACGACCUAAGGUUGAAAUAGCACGGCAAGCUUUUUGUGAUGCAGUGGAUGAAAUUGCAGCCAAGAAACGACGACAGCUUCGGAGUCAACGACCAAGUAUAAAGGUUACUUCGACUUCUACGUCACCAAUUACGACACCGAAUGGAUCAGCCAAAAAAAAACUUGAUAUGGAUACACACACAGACACACCGUUGGUUCAUUUGCUUGAUAUGGAUACACACACAGACACACCGUUGCGACAACAAAGUGGACACAGCAAUGGUGAACAUACUAAUGGAACAGCAUUGCUGAACAUGCCACUUCGUACAAGAGCAGGCGAAGGCAAAUUACGACGACGGAUGCUCAAGACGGCAAUUCACAAGAAGGAACCUGUGCUGGACAUUAAUAUUCCGACGAGCAGCUCAGAUCAUGCAGAUGGAGGCGAACUACCGACCACGGUGCUAGGCUUUACAAAUAUAGGCAACACGUGUUAUUUCAAUGCAUCUAUACAGGCAUUACUGACAGCGACGCACUAUUUUCCCGAACAUACGCACAUCGAGGAGGUGUUGGAGACAACAAACACACCGAUCACCACUACCUUCACGAAGCUACAUGAGACAGUGAGGAAGCGCGCUCGGAAAGUACUUGCUGAAGAGUCCUCUUCAGACAGACGUCUUAAAGGCAAGUGUGGUCGUUCGCGCUCCAGCUCGUCUUCAGUACUGACUGUGGCACCACUGCUCAAGGAGAUUCGCAAGAAGUUUGCGCAGUUUCGUGGGCAUUAUCAGCAAGAUGCACACGAACUAUUUAUUAGUUUUCUUUGGGCUAUUGACGAGGAGAUGGACCCUCCGUUGCCUUUGCUUGAUGAAUCUGGUGAGGUUUCUGCAAAGCCUACUUCUGCCAAUACUGUUACAAACAGUGGUUGUAGUACCGCAAACUCAUCGGAACGUCCGGAAGAUGAUGGAGAUGAUUUAUCUCGUCGAAAAGGAACAUGGCCUGAAGAAGAUGCGACUGAUGGUGAGCAGAUAGAAGACGGUGAUCAGGAAUUGGAGGAAGACGGUUGCGAGAGCGAGGCUGAGAACUCUGAACAAGAGGAUUUGAAGCAAUUUUUUGUAAAAACAGAGACCGGUGAGACGAUCUCGAUGCAGGUGCCGAAAAGUGCGGCGUUGAAAGAGGUUCAGCACUUGUUGGCCAAACGGCUUAACCUCAACGAAGAAGAUAUGAUACUGGAUGCGUCAAAGGUAGAAUUGCGCGCGACGCUUUCGUCGCGGCCGUCAGCUGUGCUUCACGCGAGAGCUGAGAAGAGGAAAAUGUACUCGAGGCUAAACUUUACGCGCAAUUUAUUCGGUGGCGCACUUACGACGGCCGUGGAAUGCAAAGCUUGUGGCAAGCGAACGGAAAUCGUCGAGAAUGCUUUCCACCUAAGCGUGUCCGUUCCAGAUAGGCACCAGCAUGAAUUAACGAUUACGGAUUGCCUGAACAACUUUGUCGCUGAGACUCAAUUGCUGGUGGAGGACAAGAAUGGCUACGACUGCGAGAAGUGCUCGCGUCAGCUAAAGGUACGCAGUGCGACCGGCCUAUUUAUUCGCAAGAAACGCCUGGGAUCGAACGCUCAACCGGAGAUGGAGGUAGUGCUGCGAGAUGCGUCCAUGCAUUUAUUUGUUUCGGCAAUACCUCGUGUUCUUGUAGUGCAUGUCAAGCGUCUGGCACGUUCUCGAAAAAUCACGCAGCACAUUGCUUUUCACGAAAAGCUGGACAUGACUCCAUACGUAAGCGAUGUACUUCGCCAAGGUGGCGGUGACGCAAGGAAGUAUUCGCUUUGUUACGAGCUUAUCGCAGUUGUUGUGCAUAUGGGCAACAGGCGAUCCGGUCACUACGUUGCGUACGUUAGCCGGUCACGCCGGCGUGAGGCCUUGCUGGCAGCCCGUGCGCGCAGCCGCUUCACUUCAGAAGAAGGUAGAGCUGCCGCCUCUAUGGUUACAACACCACGAAUCAAGGAGGGUUCACCACGGACGUGGUACUAUGUCUCGGACACCGUCGUCAAGCGUGUGUCUCUCGAGCAAGUAUUGCAAUGCGAAGCGUAUAUGCUGUUCUAUCAGCGUCGACCAAAAGCCUUUGUUACCAGAGCGGCACCGGCGACUUCUCCAAAAGCAGAGACGGAAAGAUCGUCGACAGAACCCCAUUGUAAAGCUAGCGUGUGA